AAAACUCUCGCUCUUGGGGCAGAGUCAGACGGGGAGGGCAUCAUAGAGGUCACCGGGAUCAUCACUGAAGUGCGAAAGAUGCGGCCAGAUACUUCCUUGUUGAUUGAAAAGUUCGCCGACAAGGUUGCGAAAACAGAAAUAUCCGCCAAGAUCGUCGACAGUCCCCUGCGUGUCGAAACAAGAGAGGACACGUGGACUAUGGCCGCAAAGUUCGACAGAACUGAUCGUUUCGGCUGUGGUUCGAAUGACGUGCCAAAGUUUGAUAGCAUCGGCAAACAUGGCGACGCAAUCGUUGAGAUAAGGGUCAAGGACGGAACCUUGGGAAACAGCAACCUUGCUCUUCCGCUUGUCACUAAUAUGGAUGGGUUACGAGCAGCCAAUUAG